AUGCCCAUCCACAGACAUAUCAAAAAUGUCGUUCACAAUUAUACAGACGCCGAAAGAAAAGUUCGAGAAGCUACAUCGAACGACCCAUGGGGUCCUAGCAGCACUUUAAUGGCUGAAAUAGCUGACAAGACUCAUAAUGUUAUGGCAUUCACAGAAAUAAUGCAAAUGAUUUGGAGAAGACUCAAUGAUAAGAGUAAAAACUGGCGCCAUGUUUAUAAGGCUCUUGUUCUUUUGGAAUACUUGUCAAAGACUGGUAGUGAUAAGGUCGCUACUCAGUGCCGAGAAAAUAUCCACUCAAUAGAAACGUUGCGAGACUUUGAGUGUGUUGAAGAUGGAAAAGAUCGUGGUAAGAAUGUCCGUGAGAAAGCUCGUCAUCUGAGUACGCUUCUUAGAGAUGAGGAACGUUUGCACGAAGAACGUACAAAAGCUUUACUAGCACGUGACCGUUUGAUGCAUGGGGGUUUGGGAACUACGGCUUCGGCUGGAGAUUCACCGGUUAAAUAUGGUGUCCUACAAUCUGGUCGUAGUAGCUAUCCUAUUGGGUAUUCUGGCUCCAACUAUUUUGAAAAAGGAACCUUACCUUCAAAAUCUGUUUCUCAUGCUGCAACUGAAUUAGAAUCCGUUAGACCUCAAUCUGCUGGAGAAGAACAAUUACAUCUUCAACUUGCUCUGGCUAUCAGUAAAGAGGAACAUGAUCGAGAAGAACGGCGGAGACGAGCUGAAGAAGCUAAAGAAGAAGCCAAGGUACAAAUGGUAAUAGAGCAGAGUCGUCGAGAAGAACAGAAGGAUAAAUCAGGUAAACAUUCAGUUUCCAAUAUUCCUUCUGGAUCUAGUAGUGCCUUUGAACCACCAAGUUGUGCUCCUAGUGGUGGAUUAUUCAAUUUAGUUGAUACUUCUUUGUCAGUUGCACCAGCUCAUUUACCGGAUCCAUGGUCUGCUCCUUUAGCAGUUCCGAGCAGUUCGUUAAGUAAUAAUACAUCAUCACCUCCAUCCACAUCAUUUAAUAAUACCAAUAUACAACAGUCAACGUUUCCACUUAUCCCUAUUGAUGAUCCUUGGAGCCCGAAAAAUCAACCAAAUAUUCCAACACAUUCUACAACAAGUAAUUCCGAUGAAAUGUGGAAUUUGGAAUCAACUUUAGGUGCUACAUUACCGUCCACUUCUAAUACAAACACCGAAUCAGUUAUUUCCAACCAUCAUACCAACAAUGGUAGUAAUCUCAAUAAUAACAAUGGGCAUUUUGAUUUUGAUUUGAAUGGAACUUCAAAUAAUAUUAAUGAUAAUUUUUCGCAACAGUUUCAACAGCAGUCCACUUUUCAAAAUUCACAAACAUCUUUAACCAUAGACCAACAACAGCAAGAACAGCAGACUGUACGUAAACGAACUCCUGCUGACUUUUUAGGUGAACAUCAGAAAUUAGUUGACUUGGAAAAGUUGAUUGAGAAAAAUCCAGCUUCUACAAAUCCAUUCACUGUUGGUUCGAAAUCUGUAACCGGUGCAGCAUGUAAUCCGUUUAUACCUAAUCAGUCAUUGAAACCAUCACUGAAUCAAUUGGCACCAGCACCGGCACCUCUGUCAGGUCCAAUCUAUCAUAACACAAUGAAUAAUCCGAUGUUCUAUCAAGUUCGACCAUAUUAUCCUGCUAGUGGUUCUGUCGCACCAGUACAACCCAAUUAUAUGGUACCGAUCAAUACUGCAAGUGCAUGGUCCGUUAUUGAUGGCUCUGGAAAUAAUAUGAUGCAUCAACAACCGACAAGUAGUUUAAAUCCAUUUUAUUAA